AUAGCGUUAGUCCCUGUUGUUAAUCCACCUAUUGGAGUGGAGUUCGACGAGGAAGGCGAGGAUCGAGAUGAAUUUCACAUCGAUAAGCUUGCGACAGAUUUUACAGAAACGGAGGAAUCGAUUCGUCAUAACGUGUAUCUAGAGAGUGACGAAGAGUCUGGGGGUAAUGGUCGUGGUGGUGCUGCGCGUGGGGGACACCGAUCGUUCGUGGCGAUGGUAUAAUGUAUAAAGGGCAGAGUUUCUACAAUGGAAUCACGUUUAAGGAGUGUGUGACUGACUAUGCACUGGCAACAGGUUGUAAUCUGAAGCAAUACAGGUACGAUAGAGAUAGAAUCGGGUUUAGGUGUGUUGGUGCUAAGGGAAAAUGUCAAUGGAAAGUUUAUGCUGCGUCUCUUCAUAAUGAGUCGAUGUGGAGGAUUACGAAGUACACGAACACCCAUGUUUGUGUGCCUAAUGGAGAAUGUGAGAUGUUUAAGGUCCCAGUCAUAGCUAGGUUAUUUCUUGAUAAGAUUAGAGAAGAACCAGAUUAUUACAUGCCUUUAAAGAUGGAACAGACCAUAAUGGAGAAGUGGAAGAUAUCAGCUACGAGAGGUCAAUGUCAAGCUGCUAGGAGAAAGGCAUUGGCAUGGAUAGCGAGUGAAUAUGACACUCAAUUUGAACGUCUUCGAGACUAUGGAGCUGAGAUAUUGGAAGCAAAUCAAGGGUCUGUGGUAGAGAUUGAUACGGUGAAGAAUGACGCUGGUCAUGAUGUGUUUAAGCGAUUCUAUGUAUGCUUUGAUGUUCUUAGGAAAACAUGGAAAAAAACCUGCAGGCCACUAAUUGGGGUUGAUGGUUGCUUCUUGAAGGAAAAGAUUAAGGGUCAGUUGUUGGUGGCUUUAGGAAGAGAUGCAGACAAUGCUAUCUAUCCAAUAGCAUGGAGUGUUGUUCAGGUUGAGAACACAGAUAAUUGGAGCUGGUUUGUGAAUAGGCUGAAGAUAGACUUGGAGUUAGGUGAUGGAGAUGGUUACAUUAUGGUUUCUGAUCGCCAAAAGGGAUUGAUUAAGGCUGUUGAGUUAGAAUUACCAAAGAUUGAGCAUCGUAAAUGUGUUAGGCACAUUUAUGGUAACCUAAAGAAGACUCAUCCAGACAAGAAGCAAUUGAAGAAACUGCUUUGGGAUCUAGCUUGGAGCUACAACACUAGAGAUUACGAAGAGAGAUUGGAGAGGAUUCACGCAUAUGAUAGCAAGGUCUAUGAAGAUGUCAUGAAGACUAAACCAAAGACAUGGUGUAGGGCAUUCCACAAGAUUGACAGCUAUUGUGAGGAUGUUGAAAACAACUCAGUGGAGUCUUUCAACAAUACAAUCAACAAGGUGAGAGAGAAACCAUUUGUGGCUAUGUUGGAGACUGUUAGAAGGCUUGCCAUGGUUCGAAUUGGGGGUUUUCGUUUUAAAAGAGAAGAAGAAGUAGUCGGGUCGGGUUUUAAAUGUUACCCGGUUAUAAAUUGCUUUCAUACCGGUUUAAGAUGGGUUUCUAUCGGGUUUACUAACAAAACCGUGUAA